AUGGCAGCUGUCAAAGAAGCGGCCGACCCCCGAGCUUGCUUUGUCUUGAUGAACGCCCAAGCGAUGGCCGACAUGAGCAAACAAAUCCACAACAGUGUGGACCCACAAGGACCAACUAAAAUGGGAUCCACUCAUUUUCCCGCCCUUCAUCUAAGACGCGACCUUCCUCCUCCUUUUCCUCUUAACCACAACAUCCAUUCCUUGAGGAACUUUCAUCCCCGAAAUCUCAAACUAUACGCUUUAUACUACGCUCUUGACCCCUGGUCACCGUUAUACGCAAUGACGGGCCCAGUCAGAUCAUCAACCACAGCAAAAUCUCGCGCAAACGUUAAGCCACCUCGCCCACCCAAUGCCUGGAUCUUGUAUCGCUCUGAUAAGGUCAAGUUCCUAGCCCAAAACCAACCUGAAGGGCAGCGCAGAGCACAAGCAGAUGUCUCAAAGCUCGUUGCGGAAAUGUGGCGAAAUGAGAAACGUGAGGUGAAGCUCGAGUACGAGCGUCUUGCAGAUGGGAAGAAGGUCGACCAUCAGGUACAAUACCCUAGUUAUCGCUUUCAGCCGAUGAAGAAAGAGGAGAAGGAACGCAUCAAGGAAGCGAAGCGACAGGAGAAGGAACGCGCUCGCGCCCAGAAGAAAGAGAAAGGUCGCUCUCGCACUAACGCGGUUGCCGGUCCUUCCCAGGUGCCCCCUCCACCAAUGCCUCCCGUGGCCUACGCCCCCCCACCCUACCACCUCCCUGGUGGAAUCCCAGUCCCUAUGCACAUGCCUCCUACCGCAUACAUGCCAUGGAACCCAGAAGUUCGGUAUGGAUUCGCGGGUCCAUCGCCACCGUUGUCCGCUGCGUCGUCACCAAAUGACACGUCUGAAUCUGAAUCUCCAUCUUCUGAUGAGAUCCUCCUGCAACAGGAAGCAGUUCCUUCCACACGUGCCACUCCCAUUCCAGAUGCGCAAUCACAGCAGCCUCCUAGUGGUUUUGUCUUGCCACCCCCAUUCCUCCAGUCAUACCCCCAACCUCCGCAAAACGCGCAGCCCAUGCUUGCCCAGCAAUACCAGGCUGCCCAAGCUCAAUGGCACCCUCCGCAAGACUACAUUCUCCCACAAGCGUCUGGCUCAGGAGCAGCGCAACAGCCAGCUCCCGAAUGGAAUGACUUUGGCUCAUUACAGGAGCCGUUUGACUUCAGUCAACAGGAAUUAUUGGAUCUUGACAUACCAUUGAGUGCAAUGGAUGAUCUCACCGUUGAAGGGCUCCAGGCAAUGUUGUCAUCUACGGGCCAGAACGGCGUGUUCAACCUAGACAACAUCAACCCUGCAGACCUCAUUGCUCAUCCCCAGGGCGAGCUCGAAAUUGAUAUGGCUCAGCAACCUGAUCAACAGUCGCUGGAUCUAGCACAGUUUUACGGCAAUUUCGACGUCAAUGCGGCACUUGGGUCUGCAAUCCAGGAAAACUACCCCGACACCAUGGAUCCCUUAGACAUUGUCAUUGACAGAAGCACCACCUCGUACAACGAUUUGGCAUCGUUGUUCCAACCGCCCAGUAACCCUGAGCUACAGGCUUACACAGCAGCACAACAGCGCCAGCCGAGUUUAUUCACUCGGGAUCUAUUGCAGUACAUCAACCUUGACGCGGCUGAGGGUGGACUGCAGGACGCUCCAGCUCCGCAGGUGCGCCAGCCUCCCCCUCCGCCCCCCCAAUCCAUCCAGACCCACAUCUUCACACAGAUGACGAAUACCCCCGUUGCUGCGCAAUCUGGCUAUGUUCCCCCCACCGGUGCCGUUCAUUCAUCGACCCGUCGGGUUGCGGCUAGCUGGAAGCCGUCAUUUGCAAUCCCCGAUGAUUCUCCUAUUGAACACGUCCAGAACCCAUGGAGCGUUUCCUCUUUUCAAUGA